AUGUCUGCAAAUGUAGUCCCUGGUGGUGUGGAGAAGCUUCCUUCGGAGCAGUCUUCUAAUGAUGAGAAGCAAAGCCAGAUGGAACUGUCACUGAAACGUUCUAUAACGCUUGUUAUAUGGUACAAGCCGGCUUGCGAUCCCAUUCGCCUAAACCACGAGAUAUCCACCUUUCCGUUGUUUCAGCUGUCACAUUUUCCAUCCGUGGUUUCCGACCUGGAACUCACACCUACUUCAUAUGUCGAUACUUAUAAUCAUGCAACGGGGAAUUGGGAGCAACAUAUGAUUACCACUGUCCGUGCGAUCGAGACAGACCAACGUCUGCUAUAUAAACUCCGCAAAAGCCUUUUAAGUGGUCUUUUAGACGAGGAAUGCCGAGGACUCGCGGAGGAGUUGGUGCUACAGUCGAAGAAGAAACAACCCGUAUCUCCUACGAUUGUCACACAAAAUGGUACCAAGAGGCCUGCAACUGAGCAUACAGAGGGCCCUCCCACAAAAAGACCAUAUCCGGAAGGGUACCCGCACCCGAUGUAUAUACCGCCCAUGGGAUAUAUGUACCCACAGGUCCCGCUUGGACAUCCAAUGAGUGGACCACUAGUUGCCAGCCCAUCGCACGUAAACAGUCCUGAGGGCGAGGCUUCCUCGCCCAUGCCACACCCAUACUCAGGUCCUCCUCCAACCCCGAUGAGCGGCCAGCCACCGAACAGCCCAGGGCAGUAUCCAGUGGUGUCCCCCUCGUCAGCCACUCGAACAGGGCCUGGGCCAUUCCCUCAGCACCCCCACCCUCCACUCAAAAGAUGGCCCAACGAUUAUACUGUGUCUGAAAUUGCUGCCGGCUUCCGGCAGAUGGAUGCUCUUAUUGCCCAGACGCCUAAUGCUACUCAACGUACGUCAUUCGAACGCAUUUUUGGAUGUCGGUAUGUUAAGUCGACCGUGUGCCGGCACCGCGGCGUAUAUCGCAAAGCCGACACGGCGGUCCGGAGUAUGUUUGAGAAUAUGGGGGCGGACGAACGUGCCGUAUGGGGCGAGUUUGUGAGGCGCGUGGAGGGUCGGCCAUCAGGAAAGCAGGGGCAAGGAGAAGAAUCCGCUCCUCAUGGUGACCUUCAUGAGGGGAACUCACAGUCCGGUCAAGUUCAGCAGGAACAAUGCGGAGAGCCGAAUACAGUUCCACUUAUGGACUCACUGGUGCCGUCGCCGCAUAUGACUGUUCCCUCGCCACCCCCUAGUAUGCCACAUAUCAAUGGUGCGUGUCCUACGUGA